ACAUUCUGCAUAUUUAUUCUACAGUGCAACUGCACUCAAACCAAGAGCUUUCUGCAGGGGAAAUAAUGUGUCAGUUAUUAAUCAAGGGAAGCAAGCAGCAAGCGUGCUCCUAAGCAGAAAGAGCGCAGUGGGUGCUCAAAGUGUGAACCAUGGCAGUAGGGGCUCACUGCUUAAAAUCUAGCAGUUGCGACUGCAUGGAUCUGAACUUCCCCUUAGGUAUAAUAUUUACCACUGCAUCAAAAACUCUCCUUACUUCAGCCAGCUUGGGCCCCACUGUGCUCAACAGGAACAACAGGAUGGCUGGAAGUCCCUAAAGAAGGAUCUGUGAGAGCAAGCAAAGGCACGACGAACCAUUCAGGCCUCCCUUACGGUCGCGUGUGUGUGUGCUAUCUUAAAGCAUUAUCAGCAGGGACAAAUGGAGUUAAGAGCAAUACUUCAAGUUUUUCAUUCCAUCAACUCUGGGAUCCAUCAUGUUGUCCCAGCAUGCACAGGAAUUUCACUUAGCAGUUCCUGCAGCAAUUCUGGUAACGCAGCUGGCUGUUCCUUGUGCACAGUUGCAGACCCGACUUUGUGCUUCAUGGUACAGCACAGAUGAUCAGGCACUGACUGCUCUGAGCUCUGUCCAGCACAAGAGCUGCACAGAAGUGUCACCCUUAAGCCAACUGUAACACUUCAAGCACACAGAACACUUUAGUCUUGAGGCAGUUGCAAACAGUCGUGUGGACAGCUGACAAAACACCACAUACUUUCUAGAAAUUGUGUAACAGGAGCCAUGAGCUUUCAGUAAGGACAAGGACAGGCUUACUGUAAUUUCUCUUUCGGAAGUGGAGUGGUGGGGGGGAAUUCCCAACCAAUGAAAGGUAUCCUUUCCAAUUUCCUCUUUUGAGGGGUUUGAAUUCCUUAUAAAUACCCUCUCUGAGAGCACACAAGACAAGCUUCAUCUCCUUUGGCUUUGCCCUUCUGCAGUGGCUUGGGCCAGGAACCAUGAGGCUCUGUGUCUGCUUCGUCCUGCUCUCCAUUAUUCUCUGUGCAAGUGCUGACUCGGCACUAGCCCGAGGUGGACGAUUUGUCUGGGAUGCAUUGGGAGGGGCAAAGGAUAUGUACAGAGCAUACCGGGACAUGCGUGAGGCAAAUUACAAAGGUGCCGACAAGUAUUUCCAUGCUCGUGGGAAUUAUGAUGCUGCCAAAAGAGGACCUGGUGGUGCCUGGGCAGCGAGAGUGCUCAGUGAUGCUCGGGAAAAAUGGCAAAGCGAUGUGAGUGGCAGAGGUGCAGAAGACACCCGAGCUGACCAAGAGGCGAAUCGGUGGGGUAGAAACGGCGGUGAUCCCAACCGCUACCGACCUGCCGGCCUUCCCAGCAAAUACUAACGCCACCCCGGCAGAGCCCAUCCCUGCUUCCCUGUUACAGCUAUUCUCUGCAGCCAAAUAAAGAGAUUCUCUUGCAAACCGUC